ACCUGUAUUUUCAAAUUUACUCAUGGAUAUGAACUGUAUCACACACUGAGAGUAAACAGCUGAAGUGUUGGCUUUCAAAGACCAGCGUACAUGGCGUCCACAACAUAAGCAUCAGAUAACCAGGCAACCAAUGAAACUGGUAGGGCUAGAUGGCAUCCUUUCAGCCUCGCCCAAUUGCAUCAUUUUCAACGAAAUCAGAGGCUUAGUCACGCCAAAAAAAUUAAACCACUUGACUGGGGAACCUGCCUGCUAGCAUCAAAUCAAAUUGCGAUAAUUCUUUAUGGUUGCAUCGCAAACAAGGAGUCAAUAACGAGCAUGAAAGAAAUGGCCGAAACGACGACAACAGAGGAUGUUUAUGACGAUGCAUACGAGGAGAAACCGGGCCCGAGACCUCCAGUGCAAAUCGUGUGGAGAAACGUUAUAUUAAUGUCCCUAUUGCAUCUAGGAGCUCUUUAUGGUCUGACGAUUCUUCCCUCUGUCUCUUCCUUAACGCUGAUAUGGACGGGAGUGUGUUUCAUGGUAAGCGCUUUAGGAAUAACCGCUGGCGCCCAUCGCCUUUGGAGCCACAGGUCCUACAAAGCCUCGUUACCAUUACGAAUCUUCCUAGCGACUGCAAACUCUAUGGCUUUUCAGAAUGAUAUCUAUGAGUGGGCCAGAGACCAUCGUGUCCAUCAUAAGUUUUCUGAGACUGAUGCGGACCCACACAAUGCCCACAGAGGUUUCUUCUUCGCUCACAUCGGCUGGCUGCUGGUCCGCAAACACCCAGAAGUUAUUGAAAAAGGACGCAAACUGGAACUCGCUGACCUAAAAGCAGAUGGGGUCGUAAUGUUUCAGAGGAGGCAUUACAAGUUAUCUGUGGUGGUGAUGUGCUUUCUCAUCCCCACGUUUGCUCCUUGGCUCUUUUGGGAAGAGAGUCUUUUGAUCAGUUACUUAGUUCCUUGUCUGUUGAGAUAUACUGUGGUCCUUAAUGCGACCUGGCUGGUCAACAGUGCAGCUCACAUGUGGGGAAUGAGGCCCUAUGACCACAACAUCAAUCCCAGAGAGAACAAGUUUGUUGCCUUCAGUGCCAUCGGUGAAGGAUUUCACAACUAUCAUCAUACAUUCCCCCAUGAUUAUGCUACAAGUGAGUUUGGCAGUCGGCUGAACGUGACCAAAGCAUUUAUAGAUCUCAUGUGCUUCUUUGGACUGGCCAAGAAUUGCAGGAGGGUAACUCGUGAGACCAUCAUGGCCCGUGUUAAACGCUCCGGUGAUGGCAGCCACAAAAGUGGUUGAUUUGUUCAGUACAUAUCAGAAAACAAACAAACAAAACAAGUUAUAAGCCAACAUAUACAAAAGCAUUUGCAGCAUUUCUUAUUGUGCAAUGAAGAUUGAUCUAUAUACAUUCUCAUUUGAAAUAAGAAACUCUAGAGUGUGUUGGACUAAUAUGUGUUCUUAAGAAUUCUUUCCUUUUCAUGAAGUGUACUGGACUGUGGGAUAUUAUUUUCGGAGAUGGUAAAGGCCAUAGUUUGGAAGGAUAAUUAUGUCUCAGUCUCAAGAGAUGGUACUUUACUAGUUAAACAGCCAUGUGCCUCAUUACAGCCCUCUCUCAUGAAUAGGUUGACCCAUGUUUUCUCUGGCUAAGCAGUUACUGUUCUGAUUUUAAAAUAUCAUUCCAGCGAGCUAUGCAAGCUGUAAAAUUAAGAUGACAUUCUAUUAAUAUGCUGGCACUAUUUUACAUUUUCUGAAAUGAUAAAAGCUGAUUUCCAUCUAAAACUGAAAUAAAUUUAAUGACCACCAAAAGAUUUAUAGGUCAGUAUAUGUAGUCAAAUAUGUGACCCUGGACCACAAAACCAGUCUUAAGUCGCUUGGGUAUAUUUGUAGCA